CUUGGCUGUUCCCUUCCUUGACCUUGGUCCAGAAAAGUGUCUGGGUGUAAGAAAGAUUGAGAAAGACUGACUCUGAGAGUUUGGCUUUAACACAUCACACUCAAAAGUAGGGGAGGGAGACAGGCUGAGAGACCUGCAUGCUGCAAUGUAGUCCACUGCAGUGCAGGUUUCUGUUGUUUCCUUGGCUGAAGGGGGAUUUACAUAGGGAUUCUAAGGGACACCUGACAACCCACGGCUGAGCUGGGGAGAGACGAUGUCCGUAUGGGCCAGACCACAGCACAGUGUACAGCAUCCAAUGAGGAAGUCCAGAACAGGAAGCUGAGAUGGAGUUCUCAGGGUGCCCUUCUGUUGCCGAGGCCCAGGAGGCGGAGCAGGCGGAGAAGGAGGGCCACGCCCAUGUCCUGUUCGACGACUUCGUCCAGGCGUCCACGUGCAGAGCGACGCUGCGUGCCUUUAAUCUGCUCUGUGAGCACCUCCAGCUCACACACACUCACACCCAGCCACACACACACUCACCAACGCUGCAGCUGUUCUACCACACCCUCAAAGAGCGCCUCAGCUACUGGAAGGCCAAUGCACUGUGGGCCAAACUGGACAAGCGGGCCGCCCACCACGAGUACGGGAAGGGCCGUGUCUGUGCCAACACCACGUGCGUGAUCAUUGGGGCAGGGCCGUGCGGUCUGCGGACAGCCGUGGAGCUGGGGUUCCUGGGAGCCAGGGUGGUGCUACUGGAGAAGAGAGAUGCCUUUUCCAGGAAUAAUGUCCUCCACCUCUGGCCUUUCACCAUCCACGAUCUCAGGGGCCUCGGUGCCAAGAAGCUAUAUGGCAAGUUCUGUGGCGGGGCCAUCGACCACAUCAGUAUUCGGCAGCUACAGCUGGUGUUAUUAAAGGUGGCUCUCUUGCUCGGGGUGGAGGUCCAUGUCAACGUUGAGUUCAAGGGACUCGUGGAGCCGCCCGAGAACCAGGAGAAACAGAAGCUGGGGUGGAGGGUGGAGGUGAAACCCAAGUCUCACCCUGUUAAUCAGCUACAGUGUGACGUUGUGAUCGGAGCAGAUGGACGACGGAACACACUCCCGGGCUUCCGGCGUAAGGAGUUCCGGGGCAAGCUGGCCAUCGCCAUCACGGCUAACUUCAUGAACCGGAACACCACGGCGGAGGCCAAGGUGGAGGAGAUCAGCGGCGUGGCCUUCAUCUUCAACCAGAGGUUCUUCCAGGAGCUACGGGACGCCACAGGAAUAGACCUGGAGAACAUAGUGUACUACAAGGACGACACGCACUACUUUGUGAUGACGGCUAAGAAGCAGAGUCUGCUGGAGAAAGGAGUCAUUCUGCGGGACUAUGCGGACACAGAAAUGCUUCUCUCGCGGGGGAACGUGGACCAGAAUGCGCUGUUGGCCUACGCCCGCGAAGCGGCGGACUUCUCCACCAAUCACCAGCUGCCGUCCCUGGACUACGCCAUGAACCACUAUGGACAGCCCGACGUGGCUCUGUUUGACUUCACCUGCAUGUAUGCCUCGGAGAACGCCGCCCUGGUCAGGAAGAGACACGGACACCAGCUGCUGGUGACGCUGGUCGGCGACAGCCUUCUGGAGCCAUUCUGGCCCAUGGGGACAGGUAUAGCACGAGGGUUCCUGGCAGCGUUGGACUCAGCGUGGAUGGUAAGGAGUUGGGCCCAAGGUCUCGCUCCCCUGGAAAUACUGGCUGAGAGAGAAAGCCUGUACCGGCUCCUUCCUCAGACCACUCCAGAAAAUGUCAAUAAGAACUUUGGUCAUUACACUGUAGACCCAGCUACACGCUACCCUAACAUCAACCCACAUCUCAUUACCCCCGCACAGGUGGUCCAUCUAAUAGACACGGGAGAGUGUGGAGAUUUGGGUGAGGACCAGGAAGCCCUCCCCCCGUCCCCAUUACCGAGGCUGCAGCGAAAGGAGUCCUUCUCUCGCACCGGUAAGCUUCUGUCGUGGUGCCAGGAGCAGACCCAGGGUUACCGUGGCGUCGCCGUCAGCGACCUCACCACUUCCUGGAAGAGCGGCCUGGCCCUGUGUGCCCUCAUCCACCACUUUCGCCCUGACCUCAUUGACUUUGAUUCUCUGAAAGAGGAGGAGGUGGCGGAGAACAUGAGGCUGGGGUUGGAGGUGGCAGAGCAGGAGUUCGGCAUCUCUCCUGUGAUGACUGUAGAGGAGAUGUCCUCUGUCAGUGAACCAGACACCCUCAGCAUGGUCAUGUAUCUCAGCCAGCUCCACCAGCUCUUUAAGGAUGCACUGCCCCCAAGUGAAUCCCAGACGGAGGCGGUCCCAGAAGGGAGGGCUGCUCUGAUUGGUCCUGCAUCCCUCCUCAACCGGCUGGGCCACAGCCCGUCCCGGAAGCGUAACCCUAAGGAGCAAAAGGAGAAAGAUGCGGAGGGGAAGAGGAGGAAGACUGGUCGACCAUGUCUGGAGGACGUGAGACAAGAUCUCAGAUUAGUGGACAGUUAUGUGGAAGAAGCGGCACUGUGCAAUGUGGGCGGAUCAAGCCAGAGUAGAGUGCGCUCUAUGGCCAAUCAGCUGCUGGCCAAGUUUGAAGAGAACUCCCCUUGCCCCUCUUCCACUCCAGCUGCAGUGCUACGCAGACAGGGGGACUCUAUGCCCACACUGCCACCCCCUCCAACAUCUCCUGAACCCAAGUCCAACCUCGCCCCUGUGACUUCCGCUGCCACCUGGAAACAGAAGAAGCGCACGCCGCAGCAGGAGCAGAUGAGCUUCAAGUACAAGGAGAAGGUCAAGUGUCACACUCUGCCCAGCAGGGGGGAGCAGGUGGCUUCAAUCCUACGCGACGCAAAUUCCCUCGACCAACAGAUGAAUGUGACACUGUCUGACAAAUACAUUCAGAUGUACUCAGGGGGAGUUAUGUCAUUGGCUGAACAGAUCUCCAGCCAGCUUCAAAGACAGGAGUCUCCAUCACCUCAGCCCAUUCCUGAUAAGAAGGAGCCAACAGGCGCGCGACUGAUGUUGUCGGGGCCGAGCGGGACCAGCGACGUGUGUUUCUUCUGCGGAAAGCGCGUGUACGUGAUGGAGAGACUCAGUGCCGAGGGCCUGUUCUUCCACCGGAGCUGCUUCCAGUGUGACCACUGCAGCGCCACCCUUCGCCAGGCCUCCUAUGCCUUCGACCGGCCGAGCGGGAAGUUCUAUUGUAAGCCGCACUAUGACCUCCGUCAGGUUGGCCCGGUCCAGAGAAAGAGACCCGCCCCUCCUAACUCCGACCAGUUUCCCGCCCCUUACGAGCAGAACCCCUCUAAGAAGAACAUCCCGGAUUCCCCAAUGGUCGGGUCCAACACCCCUCGCACGUCUGUCAGCACUGUGAUGACGGACCGCCGGACCUCAGUGGCUUCUCUGAUUGAGAGUGAAUGUGGCUUGGCUAAGCGUGUACGUGGCACGCCGGAGCGCAUUGAGCUGGAGAACUACUGCGGGAGCCUGGAGUCGGAUCAGCAAACGAAGGAGCCGGAGGAGGUGCCGGAGGAGACGCUGGCCAAUUACAACCUCAGACCACUGGUGACGGCGGAGAAGAAGGCCAGUCACAGCCGUAGCCCGUUGCGGGGCGGGAGCAGCGACGGCUCCAGUUCGGAGUCAGAGAUGGAGGAAGAGGAGGGGGAGAGGCUGCGUGCUCAAGCCAGUGGCCUGGCCAGAGACUCCUGGAGGAAGGCCAUGGAACUACACACACGUCUGCGGGGGGAGGGAGGCGCAGCAGAAGACGAGAGCGAAGAAGGAGAGGAGGAAGGAGAAGUUGAUGAAGAUGACGAUGAUGAUGAUGAGGAGGAGGAGAUAUCUAGCGAUGAAGGGGAGUACUGUCCGUGGGAGAGAGAACGCCACUCAGGCUUGUGGCUCCUCCCUUUAGAAGAGGAGGCAGAGACAGAGGAAGGAUCAUCUCCCCUCACAGCCGAGGAGGUAGCCUCGUUGGAUGAGUGGCAGGGUACACACUCAUCACUCAUGAACACGCCUGGCCCCCUCACAUCUGACCUACAGGUGCCUGACUCGACGACCCCCGACCCAGCCACCUUCGAAAACCCUGGUCCACGCAGCCCCGCCGACAUACCCAAUAUCACCUUCUCCACUCCAACCACGGCCUCCACGCCGGUCACCUCCUUCGCACUGUCACAGGCCCCCGCGCCCUUACAGCCGCACAUCCCCAGAUCCACCUCCUCCAUCUCCAUCCCAGACUCCAGCGUAUUUGCCUACUCCUCCCUGAACUCCUCCACCACGUCUGGAUGCUCCCCUGGUCCGGACGAGGGGGAGGAGGGGGAGGAGGGGGAGGAGAAGAAACAGGGAAAGGAAGACAAAGCGCGAGAGGAGAGGGGGAAGGAGCGGGACCAGAGCAGUAGCUCGGGGAUCGGUGUGGGGGGAAGCUCCUCCACCUCCACCUCGGACCCUCUCACCCCACCCAGCACGCCCCCGACCGGCCAGCUCAGGGCAUGCUGGGUUACCGUGCCCCAGCCAGUCGUGGAGGUGGAGUCCCUCCAGAGCUCUGGUCCGCGCCUUGCCCAUCGAUUUGCCCCCGCACCCGUCAUGGCGACGGCUGUUGUGCGUGGGGCUGGGGGCAAGAAACCGAAGCCGUGGGAUCUGGGCGGAGGAGGGGGUUCGGUUGCAGGGGGGUCAGUGGGAGGGGCGUCAGUCGGUGCAGGGUCUCUUGGGGAGCAGCUGUGUAAAGGCGAGGUGAUAGACCCAUUAGAAGACAUUAGCCCCCCCUUAUCCCCCUUAAAGCCCCUCAAAGUGGUGCCUCGGGAUGAGAGGGAGAUCGGCAGGAAGAGGGAGAUGGAGAGGAGAAGGGAGAUUGAGAGAGCAGCCCUGGGCUGGGAUGACACCACGAUCCCCCUGGGAAGGGAACCUCUCCCAGAGAAGAACAAGAAGACAAUGGACCCCCGCAGGUUCACGGAAAAUCUGCCUCCCCUCCUUACUCAGCUCCAGGGGGGCUCUUUCUUCCCUGCACGCAAGGAACCCAGGGACCCCGAGCCCCCCAGCCACAGUGUGUCUGAUGAGAGCACAGGAGAGGGAGGGCCGCUAGCCCUGUUCAGGGCGGUGGUAUUUGGCUACAAGAGGGACAGGAAAAAAAAGGGCGGGACUUCCCUUUCCAAUGCAACAGCAUGCCCUGCCGCCAAAGUGCACGGCAGGAGGAUAAGUUCCACAGAGAAAAGAGGUGUGAAGUUCGGGGGUCAUCAUAGCUGGGCGGAGUCAGAGGUGUCGGAUAUCAGCUCUGCUGUGAUGGAGAGAUGCUCCAUGAACCCCAAGGCCAACCUUCGUCUGGAGCUGUUUGAGUUAGCGUCAGACCUGAAGAAGAAUACCAUUAAGGAGGAGGAAGAGGAGGAGAAUAAAGCAGCGGAGUCUGCAUAUGUGCCUCACGCCCUGGCAUUUAGAAGGGCCUAUGCCAUUAAGAGACGAGUGGGGAGGGAGAUGGAGAGAGACCACUCCCCCUCCGUGAACUCCCCGUCAUCGUGUCCCACGGAGGUGAUCGGAGUGCUGGUGUACCACACCAAGGACCCGUCCAGCCUGGAUGUGUCCGAGUCCAUGUUCCACAGAGACAGGGACCCAGAGGAGGAGCAGCUGGACGCCAGGUUAACGCGCAGAGUCCAGAGAGCAGCGCGCAAGCAGGCCAAACAGGAGCAGCUCAAGAGGCUGCACAGAGCCCAGAUGAUUCAAAGGCAGCUGGAGCAGGUGGAAGUGAAGCAGCGUCAGCUGGAGGAGAGAGGCGUAGCGGUGGAGAAGGCCCUGAGAGGAGAAGCCGACUACUGGGGAGAAUCGAAUGACAGUGAAGAGCUGGACUUACACCUGGGAGUUAUGGGCAGACAGGAUGACCCCGCUCUGAUGCAGCAGUGGUUUAAGCUUGUCCAGCAGAAGAACUGCUUGAUGCGCUACGAGUCAGAGCUCAUGAUAUUUGCUCGGGAGUUGGAGUUGGAGGACAGGCAGAGUCGUCUUCAGCAGGAGCUCAGAGAGAGGAUGGCCGUAGAUGACCACCUGAAGGGCGAGGCUGAACUGGCUGAGGAGAAGCUGAUCCUGGGGGAGAUGUUGGAGGUGGUGGAGCAGAGAAAUGCUCUGGUGUCUCUGCUGGAGGAGCAACGGCUUCAAGAGAGCCAGGAGGACCGAGACCUGGAGGCCAUAAUGUUGUCCCGGGGACUGCACUACUGGGCCUGAGAAGGGAAAUCUAACCUGAUUACGAUCCUCUUUUAAACUGUGGUUACAAGCAGGGUGGUGAGAGAUCUCUAACCAGACCCUAGUCAUGGUCGGACUUUGGAUGGCCCGUUUGGUUUCCCUACUGCUACGCUCCUGACUCACCGACUGCUGUGCUCUGAAAAUGAUUCCUCUAUGUUCACUGUACUUGCCCCCACUUCUGUUGUGCUAAUAUGGGAUAUGUUUAAAUCAUUUCUGUUGUUGUGUCAACGAUUUUUCAAGUGUAUUAUUAUGUAAAAAGAAACAAAGCUCAUUUAAACGUUUUAAUAUGAAAUUAACAAUGUUUUACUACAUAAAUUGGAUAAUAAAAACUGACUUGUUUGACAGGCGGA